UGUUUGUUGUUGUUUGCUAGCACAGAAGUAGUCGUGCAGCUUGUCAGUUAUUGGUGUUAUUACACUACGUUUUUCUAUAUAUUUUAUGCAAUAAUGACAAACGAGGAAGACAAAAAUCUUCACUUUUACUUUUGUAACUGUUUCACCACUGAUAAUAUUUACCUGGAGGACUACAAGCUCCAUGUCAGCUUCUUAUCCGAGCAGCAGUUCAGACAGGAUUAUCAAACACUGUUUAUGAGGCUUGGCUGCGUGACGGACCAACAGUUUGAGGAUGUGUUCAACAAGAUUUCACAGGAAGUGGACAGGCGAAGGCGUCUAGGUGUGACAUCUGCUGAGAGAGCAGCUGCUAUAAAAGACGUGUACCAGCCUCUCCAUCCUCAUGUCUACCAUCUGCAGGAGUCGUACCUCGCACCGAAGUUCAAGCAGAUUGUUGAGUAUUGUCGAGGCAGUGAUAUCAGUGAAGAAGGUCUGGGAGACCUUUUGGAGGAAGAGGCAGCUGCGAGGGUUUAUCGCUUUCCUGUGUUUGAGAAGAGCUUCUGUGAGGAGUUGAUGGAGGAGCUGGAGCACUUUGAGCAGUCCUCCGCCCCUAAAGGAAGACCCAACACCAUGAACCAUUAUGGGAUCCUCCUGAAUGAAUUGGGCUUUGACGAGGGCUUCAUCACGCCCCUCCGUGAGCUCUACUUGCAUCCGCUCACCUCCCUGCUGUACCCGGACUGUGGGGGGCGCUGCCUGGACAGCCACAAGGCCUUUGUUGUUAAAUAUGACAUGAAUGAGGACUUGGACCUGAGCUACCACUACGACAACGCAGAGGUCACCCUUAAUGUUUCCCUGGGCAAGGACUUCACAGAGGGCAACCUGUAUUUUGGUGAUAUGAGACAGGUGCCUUUAAGCGAGACGGAGUGUUCAGAGGUUGAACACAGGGUGACCGAGGGGCUUCUCCAUCGGGGCCAACACAUGCACGGGGCCCUGCCCAUCUCCUCCGGCCAGCGCUGGAACCUCAUCAUCUGGAUGAGAGCCUCACAGGAACGCAACAAACUUUGCCCCAUGUGCAACAGGAAGCCAACGCUGGUGGAAGGGGAGGGCUUUGCUGACGGGUUCACCAAAACCUCAGAGCCACUGCUCAACACUUCAUGCGUGUUGACAUGAAGUAUCAUGCUGCUGUCAGCCUUUAAUAAAGCCACUGUGUGUAGGAUUUAAAAUUUUGCUGAAGGACUAAAUGAUUCUGAAAAUGAUUUCGGCUUGUCCAAUAUAUAUUUUCUGUCAACAGACAGAUAUUCUAAAGUUUGGAUGUUGUUGAGAUAAUCACGACUACACUGGGUCACUGUAUUGACACAUUUUGACUGUAUUCCAAAUUGGAAUGAUGAAUAUUUAUAAUUAAUACUAUUAGUAAUAGUAAUGGUACUAUAACUCUGUGUUUCAGAUGUUUGGUGUAGUAUCUCAUUUUGUAACAAGUAUAUAUAUAUGACUUUAUUGUCUUAAAUAUCAGUCCAAUAAGAUCAAUGAAGCCCAGGCCCCAAUAUUUAUAUACAGUGUGACUGUACUGUCAUAUUUUGUGCCAAAGAAUUAAAGAUAAGGGAAACCAC